AUGUUGUCUACUCAGGACGCACGACAGACGUCCCCCUCAUUGAGCGUGUCCAGCGGGAGAAUUGUUGCCGGCCUCAAAUCCGUGGACUACGAAACGCGUCUCGCGGUGUUUAACCUCUUUCCUCUGGGGUACUGCCGCCUCGGAGGGGACCUAAUUCUUAUUUAUACCCUGUAUGAACAAAGCUUGGCAAACGGUUUUUUUACCGUUGACCCAGGAAUCACACGGCGGGGACAUAGUCCGGGUCAGCUCACUGAGAAAGGGAUUGUGCAAGAAUUUCAACUUGGGCAAUGGAUACGUCAGCGUUACAAUGAAUACAUUCCCUCGAUGUAUAAUGGCUCAGAAUUACAUAUGCGCAGCACAGACGUUGAUAGGACGCUUAUGUCUGCUCAGGCAGUUGCCGCAGGGAUAUACCAGAAUGCUUCAUCGCCAUUACAGGAUUACGGAAUCCCAUGGAGACCGAUACCCGUGCAUACAGUCAGGCAGGAGGCAGAUGUCCUGUUGAGUAUAGCCAAAUGCCCCUGUUUGGAUGUGUUGCGAAAGAUACAAAUGAACUCGGAUGCGGCAAUCAGUUUUGAGCAGUCUCAUCGCUCGUUGUUCGAACUGAUAAACAAAAACAUGGAGACAGCGAAAAUUGAUCGAUUCAAUCUCAUGAGCCUUGUCGAUCUGUUCAUUUGCAUGAGAGCCCACAACAUGUCGCUUCCGGGUUGGUGUACAGAAGAGGUCUUUCACGAAAUGGUGGAAGUGGGGAAGUUUUUUUGGGCGUAUGCCAGUACUCCUGAUAUACUCCGAUUGGAAAUCGGAGUUUUUCUGGACGUCUUUGUCCACCAUCUGAAGUCCAUCACAAAUGCCACGAAUUCAUCAACGGUGCAGGGUCAUCAACUGUCCGUGCAACAUACAAUGGCUUAUUCUGCCCACGACACGGACGUCACUUAUCUUCUAGGUGCCUUUGGGGCAUUCAACAACGAGACAAUUCCAUAUUCAGCCGCUAUAGUUUUCGAGUUGAUUGGACCAGAUCCUCCUUCGCCCAUUCCGACUUACCAGUUGCGUCUGAACUACAAACGGGGCUAUUUAGAUACGGUUGGCGAAUAUAGAACCAUGGCUCCUUGUACGGGUCAGCCAGGCGAAAGUGGAUGUCCACUGGAUUUAGUACUUAGUUAUCUUGAAUCGUAUUCAUUGGAUCCAGACGAAUUCUCUCAACUCGCAAAAGUGAAUUCAAUGCGGAUAAUUCGCUUGGAGAUUGGGGUCUUUCUACACACACUUGUUGAGCAUAUCACCUAUGUAACACAAGGCACCCUUGCUACUCAGGCCAACAACCAAACCAAGCAUCUUGCUGUUCAACACACGAUGGCUUAUUCUGGCCAUGACUCGGAUCUGGUUCCAUUUUUGGCGGCAAUGGGCGUGUACGAUGGAGGACUGGUAGCCUACUCCUCAUGUGCAGUGGUAGAGUUGCUUGGACCACCACCACCUGCACCGAUCGAAGCCUACUAUCUUCGCCUUCUCUAUAAGCGUGGCUGGGAAGACCGUGAUGGAGAAUAUCUACAGUUUGGAAGAGUCGAAAAGUGCAAAGGUAGACCUGGAAUCGAUGGUUGCCGAUUGGAUUGGGUACUGGAAAGUAUCAAACCGCUGCUUUUAGACCCGAAUCUAUACGAAAGCGAAUGUGUAAUGAUGGAUUACGGUGCAGUUGAUCGUUUGAUGGGGCUAUUUAGAAGGAUGUCCGCUUCCACCAUGGUUCUGUUCACAUUCGCCAUACUCCUUAUCGCUUCUUUUUCGGUAAUCAUUCUGGGUCUACUUGCCUGGCGCACCUAUCGGUCCCGCAACAUGCAGUCAGAUAUGAUCAGCUUUGCGCGCCUCCAACCGACCGCUUAGCUUCGCUCAAAACGCCUUCUCACUGUUUGUGCUUCAGACGUUUGGAUACAUUUCGGAGCGGUGGGCUUUAGCUUCGGAUGAUUAAUUCCCCUCAUUUUCUCCAUUUGUUCGGAAAAGUUUCAAACUGUUUUGCGUAUGUCGCGUUUGGUGUUGUUCUGCUGUAUUUUGAUUCAUACCCUCCCGGUCUCCCCGCCCUGCCCCAAAUUUUCUAAGAGUUUUCUCUUUGCGAAUAUUUUGUUUUUCUCGUGUACAUAUGCGACUGUACUCUGUUCUAUUUGGCAGCUGUGGGUGUCGGUAUCGGAUGAUGUUUUAUUUCAACCGGGAAAGAAAAUUAUUGCUCAGCAAUAAAUCUACCGAUUGUGUUGCAAAAUUUCCUGAGAC